GUGUGUGGGCUUUUCGAGUGUCUCGCUGCACCGCACGAGCCGACGCGUCACUCAUUGUUUCGGGGAAAUCCGAUCACCAGCCCACUUCGGAAAUCGCUCAGCUGAGCGCAGCGGCAACUACUAAUAAUACUAUAAAAAGCAUAGCACCGUACGUCUUGCACCACUUCGCUCGCAAUGGUCCUAGCAGACGGGACAGUCGACAGAACCGUUCGCCUACUACAAGUACAAGAUCAAAGUUUAAAGAUAAGCUUUGUACCAAGUACAGGUCUAGAAAGUAUUUAUCUCCGCGCUAUCGUUCCUGCUUGAGUUACUGCAGAAUUCCUAGUGUUGGUUAUUUUAUACCUGAUCCUUGAAGUUGAAGAAACUCGACAUUGAACGCAAAACGGUUCCAAAGAAACAACUUUCUGCUGCUAUGACUUUGGAAUCUAUGACCAAAGCUGAGAUGGAGAAGAGAGAAAGAAGGAAAGAACAGAACAGACGAGCAGCCACAAAGUGCAGACGUAAGAAGAAGGCGUUGCAGAAGACAGCAGCACAGAAAGUGGAAGAAAUCAAGAAAGAGAACCAGGCACUCCAGGAAGAGAUUCCUCAACUCCAGGCGGAAGUGGAGAGUCUUCAGAUCAAAAUUAAGCAACACUGUACUUCUGACGGGUGUCGCUUCAGCCAGCAAGAAAAACUUCGACAGCUCUCACAGAUCGACAGAUCAUGGGUGGUUUCUCAUCUCAAGCCACUCCCGAAGCAAACACUUCCAACAUCUCAGAGUACGUAUGAGAUGAAACAGCUGACAGAACCGGAAAUACUAUGCGUACGACCUAAGUCAGACGACCUGUUUCGCAACUCGCUCCUUGGAACCCCCUUCCUGAGCCAUAUCAACCCCGUGCCGCAAGUGAAGCGAGAUGAUGGCUGUCCCCAACUCCAGAGUCUGCGUGCUCCGGCUCCACUUCAGACAAACGACACGGCUGACGGACAGUUCGUACAAACUGUCUCACCGGGCUCACAGGUUUUUCCCCUUGACCCAACCCUGGGCAGCGGGACUCAAGAAUUCCUCGCUUUUCCUCAAGAAGUAGAAGACACACCGUCUGUGUCUCCCAUGCUAUCGUGGCGUGACGAAACUCGUUCUCGACUUCACCUCGCUCCGCAGGAAAACACCGUGGUACUCGCCGCACACAGACAAUAUCAGUACCCCGAGGAGGCUUCUGUCCCUUCCAAUCCCACUCAAGAGACCACAGACGCGCUUGGAAAGACCAACACAAGCUCAGUUAUCAUAGAGCCGUCGCUUGCCAAAAACAACGAUGAUUUGCUCAGUUGGGAUGAGAUGGUGAACUCCAUUGUUGGCUUCAAUAUGGAGGCCUUCACAGAUUUGUCUCAGAUGUGUCUCCAAGAAUCCACACCGGAGAUUCAAAAGGAGCCUCAACAGUUGCUGCUGCAAUCCAAUCAACACACAGUACCAAAUGGUACGAACAUUCCUCAAACUGUGCAAGCAGAAUCCCCAGGGAACGGACGAAAGGCUGACCCAAAAUCCACUGACAGUUGGCUAGGCAAACUUGAAAUUGACACUCAAACCGCAAGUGUCAGCAUUUUUGAUGCCCUUAAUUCUCCCGUCUUUUCUUGUGUGCAUCCAAAUUUAGUCCAGCCUAGCUUUAGCCAUCCCGAGAAACAGAGUGCACCUGACUGUAAUAAUCAUCAGGAAGCGAGCAGUAUGUACCUCAACCAUUUAUCCCCGGUAACGCCAGCAACUUCCUGUGGCAACUCCCCAUACCCUCAUCUCUCAGACGGAGUUUUCCCCCUCCCAGAGCCCAGCCCACCCCCACAAACUCCCGCGAGCUCUCUUCCCUUGAGCUUGUCCACAACAAACGGCAGGUUCCCUUGUCCUUCAAGCUCCGCUUCCCAGACCCCAACAGCUCUCAGUUUUCCCCAGUCAUUUCCAGUGGCUAGCUCCUUUGGCCACCAGUUUACCCCACCACCUCCCACCCCGACCCGUCCUUCUCAAUGCACCUCCGUAAGUCCCCCCGUCUCUCCCCCUUUCCUCUCUGCUUGCUCCAGGCACGAGGUAGAACCGACGUCUCCCUUCGUCACCACAGGUUUCAGCGCCUUCCGGGGAGACCGCUAACCCAUUCAUAAAAGGACUGUGACGUCACGUUGUGAGACUCCUCCCCUCCCCCCUCUCCACCACACACACACCUUUUUUUUACUUUUAACAGGAUGUAGCAUAAAUUACAGUUUUGUCACCAGUUUUAUUCACACUAAACACGAACGAUUGCCAAAUAAACAACAGUAACAUCAAGUUGAUCAAAUUUGCGGAUGAUUCAACCAUAAUUGGGCUAAUUCAGGCUGGACCAUAAAGAAACCGCUUACUGGAAUUUUGUACUUAACUUUUCUGAAUGGUGUAAAAAUUAUAAACUGAAUGGAAAGACAGAGGGAAGAAAUAUACAAACACUUAUAUUGUGUAUGUAGUAUGUAAUAUGCAAUGACAUAUUCGCUAGUUGUUACCAUGCCUUAUAAAAUGAUUGCAUUUCUUAUACACACAUUAUUAACUUCGUUAAAAUCACAGUGCCAUACACUUUUAUACAAAUAUCAAAAACUAAAA